UUUUUUUUUUUCUUUUUUUUUUCAAUUUUAAUGAAUAACAAUUAUUCAAUAAUCAAAGAGAAAACAACUUCAUCGACAAAACGAUCUUAUACUUCUGAUACAAAUAUCAUGUGUGAAGAACAUCUAGACAAUAAAAAACAAAAGACGAAUGAGGAAAUGAAACUUACUUCUAAACAAAAAAAGAAGGCCUCCAAGGCACGUAAACUUGGAAUGACUUUUGAAAUUAAAGAUGAUGAAUUGAUUAUUCACCCUAAAAUUAUAUUUAAACAUUUUAAUGAUUUUGCAUCCAUGAAAGACGUACGAAAUUUAAUGUUGAUGGCAUUGACUCCUCAAGGUAAACAAGGACGUCUUGCAGAGGUUCCUGACUUUCCAGGUGUAGACAAAGUCAAAAAGGCAAUUAUAAUGGAUGUACCUAUUUUUGAUCCUCAUGAAAUGAAUAUGCCAAUGGAAGCUUUUAAUGUUUCAAAAAAUACAUCACCCAAUGUUUAUAGAGAAUUGAAAGAGCAUCUUUUCUAUAAAUACAUUAAACAAUCAGAUGAUGAAGAUGAUGAAAUUUUGGCUCUCAUUAGUGCGGCAGGAUUUGAUCAAUAUAAACGUGUCCAUGAUCGAUUUUUAGAUCUUUUAGAAGUACCAUUAUCAAAAGGGGAACUUAAAAAAAAGCGUGAAGAAGAAGAUAAAGAUCCUGAUCAAAGAAAAUCCAUUACGCCCGACAUGUUGAUCAUGUCAAAAGAACUGUUGAAAAUGGAGGAUUUUCCUAUUCAUUCAAUUUUAGAUCCUGAUAGUAAAUUAGAAGAAGGUUGGGUGGAUACACCACCAGGAAAAGGAAUAGAACCUAAAAAGUUGGUUGCGCUUGAUUGUGAGAUGUGUAAAACAGUAAAUGGUUAUGCAAUCACUAGAGUGGCACUCAUCGAUAGGGAGAACAAUCCACUUAUUAACGAAUUAGUUAAACCAACUGAGGAGAUUACAGACUAUGUUACACAUAUUAGUGGUGUAGAUGAACAAUCCUUAAGGGAUGUAAAGACUACUUUAGCGGAUAUUCAGAGAAAGAUUCAAUCCUAUGUAGAUGGAGAUACUAUUUUAGUUGGACAUGGAUUAGUGAAUGAUAUGAAAUGUCUAAAGAUGAGACAUCCUUAUAUCAUUGAUACUUCUAUUAUUUAUCACCAUAAAAACGGACCACCUUAUAAGCCCUCACUUCGUGAUUUGACUACACGUUAUUUAAAACGUACCAUUCAGAUAAAAGAUGAAGACAAAAAGCCUGGCCAAGAGAGAGGACAUGAUCCGUGUGAAGAUGCUAUUGCAAGUUUAGAGCUAUUGGAACGAAAACUUCGAUAUGGUCUUAACUAUGGCUUAACAGGAUUAUCUCAGACAGAAACCAUUCUUGAUUAUUUAAAACGUAGUGGUCAAAAGGGAGCCAUUAUUGAAUGCAACGCAUCAUUAAGUACCUUAAUGAAGCAAAAAUUAGCAGAGAGUGAUCAAAGAGAUUAUUAUGUUGAAAAAUGUGAUGAAGAUAUGGUUCAUAGAAUAAUUGAAGAACAUCAUGAUAAAGAUUUAAUUAUUGCUCGAUUCGAUUUGCCUGAAGCUACUGAAGAAGAAAGAAGAAAGAAGUUUUUAUCCUUAUUCGAGACGAUAUAUGAAAAAAUGGAAAAGAACACUGCCUAUUGUAUUACAACUGGUUAUAGAUUUAAUAAGCAGCGUGAAGAGCUUAGAGAGAAACGUGUAGAAUACAAGAAAAAGUUAAAAAAAGUUGGGUUAGCCGAGAUUCCGUUAGAAGAACGAUGGAGUCUUGAAGAUGAACACAUGUUAGAACAAAUAGCUGAUACGACUCGUCGCGGGUUUAUCUUUGCAUCCAUCAAAACCAUUUAAUUCAUUCAGCAGGUCUUUUUCUCUCUUUUAGACUCAUAUAAAGAAAUUAGCUUUGUACUUUUACAUAUAAAAGAAACCCUUUUUUUUUUUUCUUUAUUUAUUAACUAUCCCGAACCUUCAAAAGAUUUUCC